GCGGGGAGAAGAAAAGUGUGGAGGGGAAAGUUGUGCGGGAACAGAGCGGGAGCUGCUGCGGUGGGAGUAGUGUGGCUGAAGGGUGUGUGUGUGUGUGUGUAGAUGGGGAGAGAGACUGUAAACAAAGAAGUUUUGUGAUUUAACUUUAGGAUUGUGGACUGUAGGACUGGUACUAGAGGUUUUGGAGCUCAUACGUGUGGAGUUUAUAUCCUAAAUUCUUCAUAACUUCAUGGCUUUAGUGGCGGCGGACCCCAACUGCAAGCGGAAAGCUCACACCAACUCUUGCGGGUCUGCUGUCAGAAAGGAGGCCGUGCCGAGUAGUCACUCAGGCGGGGGGAAAGUGUGCAAAAUGCAGCCGAAGGACGCGGAGUUCGCCACGGAGGGGCUGCCCAAAGCCUUCCUCCAGAGUCUGAGAACCCUGUUUGACAUCCUGGACGACGGCAGGCGAGGCUACGUGCACAUAUCCGAGAUCGAGAGCCGCUGGCAGGGCGCGGAGACGCAGGGUUUACCCGGCGGGGUGCUGGAGUGCCUGAGGCGGGUGAGCCCCCCGCACGGCUGCCUGACGUUCGAGCGCUUCGUCGCGGGGCUUCGGUACUCCAUGCUGAACCCGGAGAACAGUGCCAAAGCCCCGCACUCGUACCCCAACGGCUCCAAGGCACAUCCACCGCUUCCCCACGCUCACAAAGCCGCCCAGGCGCCGCGACCCUACGAGGGGAAAGUGCGGCCGCUCGGCCCGAGCAACGGGGCCAACGUCCCGCAUCACCAUCAGCCCCACCACCCGUGCCGAGCAUCCUCGCUCCAGAGCCGCUCCAGAUCCGAGGACAGCGGCUCGCUCGGCUUCUCCACCUCCAGCAAGCCUCCCUCCAGCGACUCCUCCACCUAUGCCAGCCUGACGAGCGCCACCCCCAGAUACCCCGGCUCAGGAGUAGUAGCAGGAGGUGGAGGGUACGAGCGGACCGGCAGGAGUCUGGAGCGCGCGCAGGUCGGGCACGAGCACGUCGUUCACAGAACUGACUCGGUUCGCGCCGCCAAGAAGCCGCAGCAGCAGAGUCGAGUCCGCUCAAUCGAGUCACUGGCGCUCGAAUCAUCUUACUUCCCAAAGCCGAGUCCUCCUAGUGAAAGCACCGGUCUACCUCGAUCACAGAGUGAGACUACUACAGGCUUCACAGGAUCCAGAAGGCACGGGAGGACCCGAGAUGAGCAGAGACGACACACAAUCACUAAUGGAGUUGACUAUGGAAUGUUAAAGCAGAUGAAGGAGCUAGAGCAAGAGAAGGACACACUCCUGGCUGGGCUUGAUGUGGUGGACAGAGCCAGAGAAUGGUACCAGAGCCAGAUCCACAGUGUCACUGAGAGACAGAGGCUGGUUGGACAGAGCAGCCACUGCACUGAUUUUAUGACAGAAUCCAGUCAAAGUCGUCUGAAUGUCCUUCUUCCUAAACUACAGGAAGUCAACCGCUGCCUUAAUGAUCUCAUAUCCUGCUCUGGAAUGUCAUUUCCUUCACCAAGUACACAGCCCACUUCCAUCUCCCCAAACGUCCCGACAGUCCCAGCUCCUCCACAGGCCAUCCAGAGACUGAAGGACCAAAACCGCCUUCUCACUCAGGAGGUGACAGAGAAGAGCGAGCGUAUUACCCAGCUGGAGCAGGAGAAAUCAGCUCUAAUUAAGCAGCUGUUUGAGGCACGAGCUCGGAGUGCUCAUGACAACAGUGCCCUCGACUCCACCUUCAUAUGAGAAGGACAAGAGCAACCACGUCACAACCACAGUGCAAUCGACUGUGAUUUUACUAUGACCACUCCCUUUUACUGUGAACUGAUGAGAUUCUUCAUACAUGCUGCAGCUGAGUUAAGUGUGUUUGAAAAAGAACUCUUCCUGAGCAAGACUAAGACUGUAGAAGAAUUUGCGCCACUGAAAAUGGAAAAUGGAACUUGGGUCCCUGCGGUAAUGGAACUUGUGUAUCUGUUCUUCAGUCAACCAUUUAAUCAGUGAAUAAUCAUCUUGCUCCCUUUAAGCUGCUGGUCCUGAACAAGUAACAUUUGGAGUUCUGAGCUCAUCACCUGAACAGCUAAACCAUGCUAUGAUAAAGGACGGCUUGGAUCACACAUCAAAAUCUAUCCCAAAAAUAUAAUUUUUCAUGAAAAACAGAAACCCAACACUCCACAACUAAAUGUUGCUGUUUACAGAAUAGAGAACCCUCUCUAUUUAACAUAGAACAUAAAUGGUCUAUGGAUUUAUUGUGCAUUGGCUGUGUAAAUAGUAUUUGCUCGAUCUCUUUACCCACUCCUUAUGCCAUGCAAAUAUACGAAUCCUCAAACCACUCUUAAUAGAUAGGGAUCCUUAAACUGAAAGUGAUUUCACUACAGUCAUUCUAUAUUCUUGACUGUUCAUUCCUUAAAAAAAUACCUGGAACAUGCAUUGCAGUAUUAUCUACAUAACAUUUCCAUCUCUCACACUCCAGCUAAUCAGUUCAACGCAUUGCAUUGCUGCAUGUUCAACAACUGGACUGUUUUUACAUCUUUUGACACACUUUGAGGUGUUUUAUCUCAAAGCUGUGACUAAGCUAUUUCAUUUUGGGUUUGUAGUGUGAUUUAUUUCAUAAAUGACUGUAAUGUCAUUUGCAUGUACUGUACAUUUGGAGAAAGAUGGACAAGGAUUUGCUUGAAUCUGAUCCUUUUUUAAGGAGUCCAGCUCUGAAAGUAACAAAUUUGAUCUUUUGUGCAUGGUUUCUUAAAUAGGUGCUAGCCAUCAAUAGCUUUAUUCAAUGACUGUGUAUAAGCAUGGGCACUGUUUUUUUUUUCGAUCCUUUCCAUUUUUUUUAAAACAAAAAGGUCAUUCAUGCCACUGUGUUGUUGAAUUUGCACAGUAGAGGCCAAAGGUGUCUCACCUACUUAUUUGAAAGACCUACCCUCUUCUCCCAGACCAAGCAUCUCAGACCGCCGUUAUUGAGUUUACAGUUCAGCCUAAAGGAUUUUUCCACUGGACAACUAGUUUGUCCCCUAAGCUUUUUAACGUGAAAAGUGAAGCUUGUGUAUUUCAUUAUGAAACAAUUUACAUUUGCUUCAAAUUACAGUACUACAGAAUCCAGCAUGUGUAAUCACAAUAGAAUGAUCUGGCUGGCUAAUAAAUCAAUAAUUAGAUCACAUUGGUCAUUUUACACUAAUGUCACAUGAUCAAUAACAUUAUAUUUAACUACUCUACACAUCAUACUGCAUCCAGGCAGCAGUAUGAUGGCACCACAGAUUUCCUUAAAGCUAGACCUGUGGCGGCUUCACUUUUGAGAGACAUUAAACUGUCCAUGUUUUUCUACAUUCAUUGUUUUAACUUAAAUCUAGCAGCUGAAUCCGAUGGUAAUAGUAUAAAUUUGGAUAGAUUUGACGUUGAUCUCACACAUGGUAUGUACAUUGAUGUAAGAAAAAAAAUGCUUUUCUUUACGUUUACAUUUAAGACUGAGGAAGAACUAAUGGCCUCAAGAUGGUGGCCAUAUGAACCGAGAGCAGAGGAGGUGAAGGCUUGGGGCCGGGCUGAAGAGAAGAGACUUUGAGAAGUGGAAGAGACUUUGGUAAUGAACUGAGUGUUUAAAGUGAUUCUGAUAAUCAUCCCAAGGUGAUAAAUCACAGUUGCAGUUACUCUGUUAGCCUUCUUUCAUGAUGUGCAGCACACUAGAAGCAUGUUUGCCGAAAAAUUGACAUUGGAAAUUACCUCUGCACGGAAUUUAGAGACUCCUUGGGUUGGAUGGGCCCAAAAUGAUCCCUUGCUGAACGUAAUCCUUGGUGAAUUUUAUUUGUAACAACAGGACAUUGCAGAGCUUUAUUUUUCACUUGGGCUGAUCAUGUAAUAUGAAAUAUGCUUGUGUGGUGUCUGAGAGUGUUACAAAUUGUAAUUAAUCACUAUAUACCAUGGCGAAUAAACACUAAAUGCGGUUUCCA